UGUCUUCUGAAACGCAGAAUUCGACAUCAUGUCAACGGCUAAAAUUUCUUCCGCGACAGGCACGGUUUUGCCGUUGACAUGACGCUCGUCAGAGUAUCGCGUGCUUGUAGCAAUCAGCUUUUCUGUUCACUGUGUACUGUCCAAGAAGACAAGUAUUAGGCCAUACAUUUCUGUGCUGAACACUUCAUCUUCUGUGAUGAUUGUUUUGUCAAUGGUCAGAGGUUUCUGCAAAAGAGACAAGCUACAGUACUGGAUGAAUAAAUUAUUGAAAUACUAGACAAGUUUUGUUAUGAUACAGCCACUUACAUGUUUGCUUGGAUUACACAGGUAUUGGAAGUCUUGUCUUCCUCCACAGAACUGGUAGAUCUUCUAUAUAAAGUGCUGAGGCUCAAGAGGGCGCACAGGGUGAAGAUCAAUCUGGGAGUUACUCCGCUUGGAAGAAGCUGACUGUGCGCGGUGGACCGGUGGUGUGGAGAGUGCAUGCUGAAGAGGUUGGCACUCGUGUAAACCAAAAGGCAAGAUGUUGAUGGGAACUUGCGGUGUCUUUCUAGUCCCCAUCCCCAGACAAAAGAAAGCAUGCAGGCUGGUCGUUUUGCUCACGGAUUUGCUACGGCGGAGGUGAAUAAUAAUGCGGUCUCUGCUCUCUUGGAUGGUCAAAAAAGGCAAGUCAUCUCGUGCUGGGGGCCGAACCCAUGAUGAUGUCCAGUCCCAACAUGUUACCGCGUCAUCAUGUCCAGCAGGCUGCUGCAGUUUGUUUCUCACUCACGGACAUGACGAGGCCCGCCCAUGCACGCCUCCUGGCCCACACUGCCGUCGCGCUCCUCCUGCUGGCGGUGACCCUAGUGGCCACAGCGGCCGCCACGGUGCAGCAGGCCGACGCCCUUCUCACCUGGAGGGCCAGCCUCGCCGCCACGGCCGCGCUGUCCAGCUGGAACAACGCAACGCCGGUCUCGCUCUGCUCCUCCUGGCGCGGCGUGGCCUGCGAUGCCUCCGGUCGCGUCACGUCGCUCACGCUCCGGGGGCUCGGCCUCACCGGCACGCUGGACACGCUCGAUGCUGCGGCGCUGCCGGCCCUGGCCGCGCUCGACCUCAACGAUAACAAACUCGGCGGCCCCAUCCCGGUGAGCCUCUCGCGGCUGCGCUCACUCGCCACGCUCGACCUCGGCAGCAACAACUUCAACGGCUCCAUCCCGCCGCAGCUCGGCGACCUCUCCGGCCUCGUCGACCUCCGCCUCUACAACAACAGCCUCGCCGGCGACAUCCCGCAUCAGCUCACCAGGCUCCCCAGGAUCACGCACCUCGACCUCGGCUCCAACUUCCUCACCAACCACAAGGACUACCACAGGUUCUCGCCCAUGCCCACCGUCACCUUCCUCUCGCUCUACCUCAACUACCUCGACGGCAGUUUCCCGGAGUUCAUCCUCCAAAGCGGCAACAUCACCUACCUCGACCUGUCGCAAAACACUCUUUCUGAACCAAUACCGGACUCGCUGCCGGAGAACCUCCCCAACCUCAUGUACCUCAACCUGUCCAUCAAUGCCUUCUCCGGGCGGAUACCGGCGUCGCUGUCGAAGCUGGGGAAGCUCCAGGACCUGCGUGUUGGCGGUAACAAUCUGACGGGCGGAAUCCCCGAGUUCCUUGGGUCCAUGUCCCAGCUGAGAGUUCUCGUUCUCUAUGGGAACCAGCUCGGUGGAUCGAUCCCGCCAGUUCUUGGCCGGCUCAAAAUGCUACAGCACCUUGACGUCAAGAUCGCCGGGUUGGUUUCCACUAUUCCACCGGAGCUAGGCAACCUUGACAAUGUCAAUUUUAUCGACCUGUCCAUGAACCAGCUCUCAGGUGGCUUGCCACCGGAGUUGGCCGGGAUGCGCCAAAUGUGUGAGUUUGGCAUAUCGUCGAACAAACUUGCCGGUCAGAUUCCACCAGCUUUGUUCACGAGCUGGCUAGAGCUCAUAUCAUUCCAAGUGCAGAAUAACUCGUUUUCAGGGAAGAUUCCACCAGAGAUCGGCAAGGCAACCAAGCUCAUAAUCUUGUUUCUCUUCAGCAACAACCUUGUUGGCCAUAUUCCUGCAGAGCUGGGCGAGCUUGUGAGAUUGAAUCAGUUGGAUUUGUCGGUGAACUCUCUCACGGGAUCGAUUCCCAGCUCGCUCGGCAACCUCACGCAACUCACGAGGCUGGCGCUCUUCUUUAACCGGCUCACUGGUGUGAUCCCGACGGAGAUUGGCAGCAUGACGGCGUUGCAAGUCUUGGAUGUCAACACCAACAGUUUAGAAGGGGAGCUACCCGCCACCAUCACAUCGCUUAGGAAUCUCCAAUACCUCGCCCUGUUUGACAACAACUUCAACGGCGCCAUACCGCCCGACCUUGGGAAGGGGCUAAGCUUAACCGAUGCCAGUUUCGCAAACAACAGCUUCUCCGGCGAGCUGCCACAGAGACUGUGUGAUGGCUUUGCGCUGCAGAACUUCACGGUGAACCACAACAACUUCAGCGGCAGGCUGCCAUCAUGCUUGAAAAAUUGCACACGGUUGUUCCGGAUGCGGCUGGAAGGUGGCAACCAAUUCACCGGGGACAUCUCCAAGGUGUUUGGUGUCCAUCCCAACUUGGACUACUUGGAUGUCUCGGGGAAUCAGCUGACAGGGAACUUAUCAUCUGAUUGGUCACAAUGCACCAAUCUUACACUCUUAAACAUGAACGGUAAUCGAAUAUCUGGCAAUAUUGAUGCAGCCUUCUGCGAAUUGAUCUCUCUCCGGUCUCUGGAUCUAUCAAAUAACCAAUUCACCGGGGAGCUCCCAAGUUGCUGGUGGAAACUCAAAAGUAUGUGGUUAAUGGAUUUGUCCAACAACGGCUUUUCAGGUGAACUUCCCAUAUCAACAAGCUUGGGCCUUGAACUCCAGUCACUUCGUGUUGCUAAUAAUAGCUUUCUUGGAGUUUUUCCAUCCGUAAUUGAAACCUGCAGAUCUCUCGCCAUCCUAGAUCUUGGGAACAACAUGUUCUUUGGUGAUAUCCCCUCUUGGGUUGGAACCAAUGUCCCUCUUCUAAUAAUUCUGAGCCUCCCAUCCAACAACUUCAGUGGUGUCGUUCCACCCGAGUUAUCCCAACUUUCUAAUCUGCUAGUCCUGGACCUAUCCAGCAACUCCUUCUCAGGUGAGAUCCUCAUGGUGAUGCCAAACCACAAUUGCUCUCUCAAGUCAUCUCAUCUCGAGUUAUCCCAACUUUCUUAUUUGCAAGUCCUGGACCUGUCCAGCAACUCCUUCUCAGGUGAGAUCCUCACAGCCAUGCCAAACCACAAUUGCUCUCUCGAGUCGUUUCAUCUCGCUGGCAAUGGCUUUGUGGGCGCCUUCCCGCCAUUCCUCCAAAGCUGCAACUCCCUGGCCACCCUGGACAUCGGGAACAACCGGUUCGUUGGUGGUAUCCCUACAUGGAUCGGGAGUCAGCUUCCAUUAUUGAAUAUCCUUAGACUUAGAUCAAACAAUUUCACCGGAGAUAUCCCCCCCGAGUUAUCGAGGCUUUCACAACUUCAGCUGCUCGAUAUGGCCAAAAAUAGCUUGACAGGAUCACUUCCGGUAGCCUUUGGCAACUUGAAGUCCAUGAGGCAUAAUCUUCCCCCAUUGGUCCAACCAAGUCGGAUUUUCCAUCUUGAAAGAGUCAACAUAUCUUGGAAGGGCCGUGAACAGACUUUUUGGAAUGGUAUCGGGUUAAUAACAGGUAUUGAUCUAUCAUGCAAUUUACUUAUGGAGAACAUCCCGGAUGAGCUAACAUACCUCAAAGGUCUCCGUUUUCUGAACUUAUCCAGUAAUGAUCUAUCAGGCAGUAUUCCAGAAAGAAUCGGCAGUUUGGAGCUAUUGGAGUUCCUUGACCUCUCAAGCAAUGACCUUUCAGGUGGCAUUCCUCCUAGCAUUUCAAAUCUGCUGUCCCUGGGCAUGUUAAAUCUCUCAAACAAUCACUUAUGGGGCCGCAUACCUACCGGGAGUCAGUUACAAACACUCACAGAUCCAUCAAUAUAUGGCAACAAUCUGGGGCUCUGUGGCUUCCCAUUGAGCGUGUGUGAGCCUGCAUUGGGCGAGGGAACUGAAGAUCACUCAAAAGUCGGUGACUUGGGGCUGUGUUACUCUGUAAUUCUUGGCAUUGUUUCCGGCUUCUGGCUUUGGUUUGGAGCUCUGCUUUUCCUGCAACAGUGGAGAUUUUCCUUUCUCGAUUUUGUUGACAGCUUAGGGAUCAAGAUAGCUGCUGUCAGGCGCUAAGGCCUUCACA